UGUCGUCGUCGAUGUUUGUGCAUUUUCCAUAAUCUUCUUUCUUUUAGCUUUAUUUAGUUUAGAAUAGCAUAAUACAGUUUUAAAAUUAUAAACCCGGUCCUACUCUCACUCGCUUUAGCAUCUGUAGUGCAAAUUAAGUUCUCAUAGCACUGCAGAUCAACCAAAAUGAAACGAGGUUAUGACUCGAUGAGUUCUUCUAUUGAAAUAAGUUCCUACCGCGAUCAGCAUUUUAAGGGCUCCAGAAACGAACAAGAUAAAUUAUUACGUGUUUCCUCGACACUUUACAUUGGAAAUCUAUCAUUUUAUACAACUGAAGAACAAAUAUAUGAAUUAUUCUCAAAAUGUGGAGACUUGAGGAGAGUAAUCAUGGGCUUAGAUAAAUAUAAGAAAACUCCUUGCGGCUUUUGCUUUGUCGAGUAUUAUGAAAGAGAAGAUGCUGAGAACUGUAUGAGAUAUGUAAAUGGUACUAGAUUGGAUGAUAGAAUAAUCCGGUGUGACUGGGAUGCUGGCUUCAUAGAAGGUAGACAGUAUGGCCGUGGGAAAACUGGUGGACAGGUGAGAGACGAAUACAGAACUGACUAUGACGGUGGACGUGGCGGCUACGGGAAGAUCAUUGCUCAGAAGAUUGUCCCAAACACAUAACACUGCUGACACCACACAUAAGAUUAAGUAAUGUAAGUUUAGGAAAUAAGUCUGGAAGAGACUGGAACACUAAAAUUUUUAUUCAACUGUGUGUUAUCUUUAAAACAAUUUGUUUUUACAAUUAUAUUGAGGUGAUUCAUCUUCCCCUAUCUAAAAAUAAAGUGUUCAAUAAAAUAAGAUAUGUAUAAAAUAAUAUUUAUUUCAUUUUUAUUGUAAACUUGUAUAAAGCAAUAACAGUUUCAUUAGAGCGAAAUAUAAUCCAACAUCGAAAGCAACAUGUUAGAUGCAAACAAAACAUGAAUUGUGGUAUUUCAUAUGAUUUUGAGACAAAAUGUAUUGUGCUAAUAAAUACAAAUUAACAACACAUUAAAAUAUUUUGAUUUUAUCUUACAUUGUAGUGUAGAUGAGGUAUGAACUUGACAUAGUUUUACAAACUUCAACAAUGGUAAUCAUAAAUGUAAAACACAACAUGUUUAUUCUCUUUAUACA